ACAUGAUUUGGCACCCAUCACCAAAUGGUUCUUUCUCUGUCAAGUCGGCUUAUCGACUUGCUAGGGAGGGGACUGAUAUUUGUGGGAACAUUCACAUGGGUCAAACGAGCUCUUUCGGCGUCCUUCCUACUGUUUGGAAGAAGUUGUGGGGACUACAAAUCCAUCCGAAGGUGAAAUUGUUUAUGUGGAAGUGUCUUAAUAACGUGUUAACAACAAAUGUGGCUCUAUUUGCGCGCAAAUUCAGAUUCGACCCAGUAUGCUCUCGUUGUGGCAAGGCGGAGGAAUCUAUCUCGCAUGUUUUAUUUCGGUGUGAGGUUGCAAUCAAAGUCUGGAUUCAUUCUCCGUUUCGUUUAAGACCUGAAGAGCUUCUUGAUUGCAGAAACAUGACAGAUUGGUGGGAUUGUAUUCAAGAACGUAUCAAUCAAAGUCAUAUGCCUCCUUUCUCGUUAGGUAUGGCUCUCCUUUAUUGUUGGUGGAUUUGGCGAGCUAGAAAUGAUUUUAUUGUUAAUGGUAAAUGUUGGGCUACGGAAGCGGUUAGUGGUAAAGCGCAAGGAGAUUUUUUUGAGUUUAAGGAUGCUAACUCUAAGGUUCCAUCACCUUUGUCGAGAUCUACUCGUAAUGGGACCUUAGUGUGGCAGUGCCCUGGGAUGAAUGUAACCAAGAUUAAUGUGGAUGCUGCUGUCUCUAGGAGUUCGAAUUCUAUUGGUACAGGAACAAUGGCUCGAGGUAAUGAUGGCAAGGUCCUUGGUAUCUUCUUGAGUAUUCACACUAGUAUUACUUCAUCAAGAAUUGCUGAGGCUAUGGCUAUUCGAGAUGGUUUGAAGCUGGGGAUUGAUCUAAAUCUUUCUAAAGUGGUUAUUGAAUCGGAUGCGGAGGCGAUAGUGAGGAAAUGUUCUACUUCUCUAGAUCCACCUAUUGAUAUAGCAGCUAUUAUUUUUGAUUGUUUAGCUCUGAAAGAAUCAUUUUCUUCCUGUGAGUUUGAUUUUGUUAAACAUGAUUGUAAUCGGGUUGCACAAUGUUGUGCUCAAAAGGCUCUUUUGAAUGGGUGGUCCGGUAUGUGGACUUCCAUUUUGCCCCCAUGGGGUUCCCAACUAUCUGAUGUUUAGGCUUUUAUGCCUUUCAGAUUAAUAACA